UUCCCGCGCGCGCGUUGGUUGCGUUCCCAACCCGAAUUUUAAGAGGGGGGAGAAGGCGUAGCGGCGUUGUGAUUCCGUUUCGCCUUCUCCUCUCCGGCGGUGGAUUGCCUUACUCGCCGUGCGGAGGCAGAGGAGUUAGGAGCGGCGAGGUAACACCAAGAAUCCAAGGCACAGAAGAGGGAGGGGACAAGGGGAGAGAUAGUGAGUGAAGGAAAUGUCGGCGGCGGCGGCGUCCUGGUCCUCCCUGGGUCUCGUGGCGGUGUUCGUCUUGGUGGUGGUCAUCGCAAUGCCCGCCUCCGCCGCCGCGCACGCGCAGCCGCCGGCGCCCCCGCCCACCAGCGACGGCACAUCGAUUGACCAGGGGAUCGCGUACGUGCUGAUGCUGGUGGCCCUUGUGCUGACCUACCUCAUCCAUCCAUUGGAUGCUACCUCUCCAUACAAGCUCUUCUGAUCCUAAACUUCAAUGUAUCAAGUAGAGCUAGCUAUGCGACUAUGUGAGGAUACACAUGAUUUAGGAGAGGUUGAGGUGUUGUAUUUUUGUAUGCGCCCCAUAUAGUUAUGAACAUGUGUGCUGGUGGUUUCUAAUCGGCUUGCAUGAUUCUGUCAUUCUGGGAUAGAUGUCCACUCCGGUUGUUCUUGCUACGCUUGAUUCUAUAUAUAUGUUUCACUUGUUCA